CUCCGCGGCGGUGGGAUACAGUGCGCGUGGUGACGGAUUACUGUCUACGGGGUGUGGAAACAACCGAGCGCUCGCAUCAGCCCCGAGAACGACAUUUUAACACAUUUUGCGUCAGUGUGUGUCCGACGUCCGUCCGUUCGGCGGCUCGCGCGUGAUGGACGCGUCUGCGGCGCCGGUACCGGAGAUCCGCCCGCUGGACCGAUACGACUCCACCCGAGCCAAGAUCCGCGCAAGUGUCCGCUGGCUGCUGAGCCGAGCCCACGGAUGUGAAGAAAGUGUUCCCGCGGGUCUGAAGGAGGCACUGUCCUCAGAUGGAGAGGUCACUCCUGCCGUUGAGCAGCUCCUGUUGUCAUGUGAUCUGUACAGUCGUGCCUUCGCCUCACAUCCUCUCACCAGCAUCAUCACAGCUCCCCCUGGAGACCACAGCGCCCUCCUGCAGGUGCUCGAUCGGUACGGAGCCAUUCCGCUGGAGCGCCAGAACCCCGUCAGCGAGACGCAGCUGAAACACAAACCCAUCAACAUGGGUGCGCACCUGGCAGUGAUCGAUUCGUUGAUGUCACUGAGUGCCAUGGAAACGGUGGGGCGUGUCAAGAUGUCGAAGCAAGUCGAUCAGUUUGGAGGCAAUACCAGCUGGGAAAACUCUCUUCUCUUCUGGAUCAACAAGGUGAAUCAGAAGUUGAGGGAAAGAUGUCAUGUGGAGGAGAAUCAGAAAUCAAACACCUGCACUGACCUCCAACCAGUUCAUCCCUCUUGUCCACAGCGCUGGUAUUGGAAACUGGUUCCACAUGCCAUCGCAUUUUGUUUGAAGGAGUCUGGGAAUAAACCUCCGGUGAUCCGUUACAGGAAAGAUAAAGUUCAGUCUGAAGAGACAGCGUUUUUUCGUGUAUUGUCUGGUGUAAGGGAUCUGUCGAACGGUUGUGCUAUUGCUGCUGCUCUUCACUUCUACUGUCCUCAGAUUCUGCUACUGGAGGAUGUGUGUCUGAAGGAGACCAUGUGUGUGGCAGAUAGUUUGUAUAAUCUGCAGUUGAUCAGAGAGUUUUGUGUGAGUCAUCUGAAAACUCACUGCUGCUUACCGCUGGAGGAUUUUCUGUAUGCUCCGCCCACUUUACAUGUGAACAUCAUGUGCUUCCUGUCAGAGCUGCUGGAGACGUUUGAAGUACAGAAACCAGAUUUCGUCAAGCCUGCACACACACUGGACCUGACCGAUGCAUCAGAUCUGCUCGACUGCACAAGUCCAAUCAAUGGCAACAGCAACAGCGGCUCCCCGUCUUUCAUUCUGAAACAGUCGAUCCUGCCUCAGUCGAAUUCUACAUCGGAGGGACGAGGCUGGAGCAAAAAACAAAUGAGUCGUCCUCUCUCUGCUUUGGCCUUCAGCAUCCCGUUCCCUCUGGACAGUGACGUUGAUGUUGUUAUGGGCAACCCUCUAUUCCGUUCCGUCAGCACUGAUAGUCUCACCGCGGUAACCAACCAUAACGCGUACACGCCCCCCGAGGAUUUGAGUAAGCACAUUGGUCAGGCUCCUCUAGGGGAGUUAGCCACAAUAGAAGAAGCCUUACAGAUCAUUCAUGCCACCCGUCCCGUGCGCAACAAGCCCCGUCUGCGGCCCGAGGGGGCGCCGGCUGGCUUUUAUCUGCACUAUCCUGAAAACGACGGGGCCAGGUUAAGCAGCUCUGCCCCCUGUAAAUCAGGAAUGAUGUAUCGACCAAUGAGAGGAGGGCCUGAUAGCAGUGGAGCCAAACAUGGAAAUGUAGACUCUGACACACAGGAAGAUCUCCCCAAAACCCCCUCCAGUCCGGCAAACGGGCCCAAGACCGGUCACAUGACUAACUUUGCUGAAUGUAGAAAGAAGGCGCUGGAUUCUCCAGGUAACUCCAGACCACAUGACAUGGGGGAAUCAUUCAGCCCCUCAGCGAUGAUGAGUCCUGCUGGAGCAGCAGAGGCACAGGAGCUCGGGGCACGCUUGGAGGAGAAACGCAAGGCCAUAGAAGCUCAGAAGAGACGGAUCGAGGCUAUCUUUACCAAACACAGACAGAGGCUGGGCAAGACUGCCUUCCUCCAGCUUCAGAAGAAAGAGGAAGAAGAGGGACAGUCGCUCACUUUGGAAGAACGAUUGACACGAAUGGAGCAGCAGCUUCAACAGGAGGAGAACAAAGAGAAAGAGGAGGAGAAGAAGAAACAGGAGGAGGAGAAAAAAAUGAAUGAGGAACUAAAGAAUAGCAACGGCGACGUUGUAACGCCGCCCAAACUGGAGAAACAGGUGACCUUCUCCGUUGAUACAAAGAACGGGGUGGAGAAAGAGCCACCGCUGGGUGAGUACAAUGAGGCCGUAAAUAAGCUAAGCUCCGCCCUUCAAACCCUGCAAAAGGACAUGCAGCGCCUCACAGAACAGCAGCAAAGGCUAAUGGGAAGGAAAACUGUGAGUUCUCCGAGAAACACCCCCUCAAAUAAGACGCCUUCCAGCAAUGCAUGGGUUAUCCCAUCCUCUCCCAAACUCCCUGCCACACCCCCUCAUCUUUCAAGAGAAUCCACCUGUAUCAUUUCACCGUCUGGAUCUCCGUCACGUUCCAGUCAACCCUGUGACACUCCCAGAUCCCCCAAAAGCACAGCACCGUCUACAUCGCGCAGGCACCGCAACAUUGCUCCAAAGAGCCCGAAACGGAAACAUUCUUCUCGGCCAACAGAACUCGGUUUCCAGCCCCUCACACGAGUCUUGACGCCACCGCAGAAUGUUGACACGCUCCCUCAUCUACGACGAGGCUCUCCGAGUCAGUGUCAGGUGCAGACCUCCUCCUCACUACGGCUUGGAGGUCCUUGCACGCCGCAAGAGUCUCCACAACAACCUGACCCGGCACAAGAGAGCACACCGGAGUCGGGAUCCAGUCACCAUAACACACCAAUCUUCACCCUGGAGCUGGAGGCUGGACCUCCGUCUGCGCUCCCAGCAGAACUGUUAGGGGGUGGGAGCAGUUCAGGAGCCCCAUCAGAGUGCUCGUUUGAAAGCGACUUGCUCCUCAGCAGUGCUUGCGUUAAAGACGAGAGGCAGGAUAGUGAGGGUGCCGUCACACUGGAGGAUGACACGGAUAUGGAGCAGGGUACAGAAAUAUUCUCAUCCGAUUCCAUGAGUGACCAGACCGACACUGAGAGCCGGCUGGGGCUUGAUGUUUUCUUCAAGGAGGCUGGACUUUCAGAGGAGGAGAUGGCCCAGAAAAGAGCAAUACUGUUAGAGCGACAGCAAAGACGAGCUCAUGAGAUCAAGAGCUGGAAACACAGCCAAGACCCCGAGGCCAGCAGUCAAAAGUCUUCCAUGGAUGACCUGCGACGAUCUCAUACUCAGCCCCUUUCACAGUCACUGCCCAACUCAUACGGCCCACCGGCUACUUCGCAGGCCAUAGCCCCAGGCACGCCCCUGCGGUGGGGAGCAUUUACACGGGCGGAGUAUGAAAGACGCCAUCAGCUGAAGAUUAUGGAGGAUCUGGAGAAGGUUCUCAAACAGAAACCAACAAAGCAAAGUGGCAAAAAACAGCACAGAGCACACAAAAACAACGAGCUCGCACACUCGCCGAGGAAGAACCAAACAGCUAAGCAGAAGGACGGUGGAUCAGCUGAUAAACAUGUCAGCCAUUCAGAUUCUCCCUCAAAGGUGCAGUCUUCUGGGCAGCUGGCCAAUCAUAAUGCAGGGAAAGACUGGGAAAAUGGAUCCAAUGCCUCCUCUCCAGCGCCCAUCCCAGAGUACACUGGUCCUAAGUUGUUCAAGGAACCCAGCUUUAAAUCCAACAAGUUCAUCAUUCACAACGCUCUCGCGCACUGCUGCCUUGCAGGCAAAGUCAAUGAGUUUCAGAAAAACAAGAUUGUGGAGGAGAUGGAGAAGAGCUCGGCCAGUCAUUUUAUGAUCCUGCUGCGGGAUUCCAACUGUCAGUUCCGUGCCGUCUACAGUCCAGACGGCCAAUCAGAUGAGCUGCAUCGAGUCUGCGGCGUCGGCCCACGUGUCAUUCCCUCUUCGGCUGUGGGGGCCAUCUAUAAAUACAGCUCGGACCGCAAGCAGUUCAGCGUGCUUCCGUCGCGUACCCUGAGCAUGAGCGUGGAUGCUUUCACUAUCCCCGCCCACCUGUGGCAUGCCAAGAAACAUGGCACACCCAAAAAAGUAGACACACCCAAAUAAACCACUCCCAUUAUCUCUCUUUUAACCUGUGCCAUGAAAAUACACUCCCCUCCAAAUAAAAAGAACACAUCCCAUCCUACAUUAAAGGGACAGUUCGGUCAGAAAUCAGAAUUCUGUCAUCAUUUAGUAAAUCUGCGUGUGAUAUUUUGAGAAAAUGUCUUUGGAUGCUGUUUUAUCAUCACCGUUCUUCAAAAUAUCUUCUUUUGUGUUUUCCAGAAGAAAGAGUCAUACAGGUUUGACAUGACAUGAAGAUGAGUAAAUGAUCAAAGAAUGUUUGUUUUUCGGUGACCUGCGCCAUUUCUUGACAUAAACACUUACAAGCGCAACAACACAAACUCAACAAUGAAAUGAUUCAUUUAUUCUGAACCAGAAAGACCCUGCAUGAUAGCUGUGCCCUGAAGUUUUCAUUGAAGGUUCAUAAGCAGAAAAUCUUCAAAACCAAAGCUCUCUCUGCAUGUUUGGUACAGUCGAGGUCUCUUGCAUAUUCUAUUAGAUCGACAGACAUCAAUAGAGCACUUCGAUCAUUUGUCUUCUGAAUUCUUAUCACGUUUACAAACUUUUGAUAGAUUUUGUCCUGAAUCUCAACACUGAAGGCUGUAGUUUAAGAGGGGUGCUGCUGAGGGGUCCAAGGGUCUCGGGUUUACUAAACCAUUUUAGGUCUUUGAAGACUUUUUCUUUUCUAUUAUCUAUGAUACGGACUUUUUCCCCAUACAAACUUUCUUCAUAUUCUCUGGUAUGAUCACGUCUAUGUUUCUGUAGUGUGAAACAAAUGAAUCGUUCAGACUGUAAUGUUACAUCACGUGAGUUGUGUCUGACUCUGUUGAACAGGGUCAUGUCGGAUGAGUUUGGAUUCAUCAGUGCAUCAUUUUUCAAGAUGAUGACAAUGCAGGCUUCCUUUUAGUUGAAUUUUUCAUUUGCUAUAUAAAAUUACGUUUUUAAGAUGUUCGUUAAACAUUCCAGAUAACGUCUACAUUAUUAAUCGUAUUUUGUGCCAACAUUUGUGUAGUGUUAAAACUGAAACAGGAAGUGCUUCUGGGCCGGUGUUUACGUCUUGAAAAAUGGUCGCACCACACUGAUCAUGUAUCAGUAUUAAAAAGUCAUUCAGUAUUCACAAUAAUAUUCUUUUCUCUUCUUUGUUUAUCGUGGUGUCACAAGCCCGCUCAAUCGCUACAAUAGUCCAGAAGCCAGUUUUGCAAUUAAAUUAACUAUAAAAUGCAAUGUGACUUUUUUAAGUGUUGUGUUGAGGUACAACUUAAAUGUGUAAAAACUGAUGAUAAGAGGACCACAGUUAUAUUAGCACAAUUGUUAUGAUGUAAUGUCAAAUGAAUCGCCAUUAGCUUUAAAUGCUAAUAAAAUGCAUUUUUA